AUGCCGGGGAAGAGGGGCCGUCGAGGGUCACCCGGUCGCCGCUCGCGCACCGCCCGAGCCGAGCUGUCCUUCUCGGUGAGCCACAUGGAGCGCCUCCUGCGGGAGGGCCACUACGUGCAGCGCCUGAGCUCGUCCGCACCCGUCUACCCAGUGGCCGUCAUCCAGUACCGGACGGCCAGGGUCCUGGAGCUGGCGGGCCAUGAGGCCCAGAACAGCGGCAGGAGGCGCCUCACUCCGGAGCUGGUGGACGUGGCGGCCCGCAGCAACGCGCUGCUCAGCGACUUCUUCACGACUAGCACCAUCUCCCAGGUGGCCCCGGCCCAGCACCAGCUGCCCAACGACGCCUGGGUCCCCGGCCCCCGGCGCGGGGGGGGGGGCCGGGGGCGCGGCCUUCAGGCACCAGGCCCGCUCACCGACCGACCGCCACACAGCCCAGGCGGCCCCGGCCUGCCCGCCGCCUUGGGCACAGUCAUUGCGAGUCAAUAA